AUGCUCAAUCACUGGAAUCAGGACAUGAAGAUACCCGGCUGCGAGAGUGAGGUACCAGAUGCUGGAGCGGACUGCCUGUGGGGGAGGCUCACCCGUUGGCAUCAAAAUCAAGCAGGAAAUGCUGACUUUUGGGGGGCAUUAUGCGGACCCCCACUCGCAUUACUCCUCAGGGAAGCCGGAUAUUCCAUUCCCCAGCAAGUCGAAAUUCUACAAUUCCAUCAGAAUUGGGUUGUCCCAGCCCUAGGCCCCGCGCCAGAUUCCGAUUCUUACAAGUGGCAGACGAUUCUCAAUCCCAAUGGAUUUCCUCUCGAGUACGCAUGGAAUUGGAAUAAUUCGACUGGCAAGCCCCAAAUUCGUACUUCAUGGGAGUCUAUUGGCCCGGAAGCUGGAACCAAACUUGAUCCUCUCAACCAAUCGUUGUUUAGAGAAUACCUCGAUCGACUUGCGAAAGUGAUUCCGAACACAGACUUGAGUUGGUCCGAUUCGCUGCUAGCCUCGCUAUUUGAUCCAGACGCCGACGCAUAUACAAAAGACGGAGGACCGGAUAAAUUGGGAUCGACGUCUGUCGUCGCUGGUAUGGAGUUUACUCACCCCGGCGCAUUUCGUGCAAAGGGCUAUUUUGUGCCUCGACUGCCGGGUCAAAAGCCGCCACUACCUCUCUCACAUUGGACUCAGGCACUUGGUGCUCUCAGUCCAAAUAUCAAGUUGACUGUGCUCGAAGAUUUUCUCACCACAAGCUCAGAGGGCAAGCAAUUGCGGCCCUAUAUGGUCGCAAUAGAUCACCAUGCGGGUCCCUCCGGCUCGAGACUCAAGUGGUACAUGAAGACCGCUAGUACCAGCUUCCACUCCAUACGAGAAAUUAUGACACUGGGCGGGUUAAUCUCUAAUAUCGGUAGCGAACUCGACAGUCUUUGCGAUUUGAUAAGGAGACUCGGUAACUUGCCAGACGAUCACCCAGAGGAGAGCGAAACAGUGAUCCCAACUAGCGAUAAGAAGAACUUCUUGGGUCUUCCAGCGACUGCACAUUACUUUUACUAUUUUGAUAUCGCUCCUUACGACGAGCUCCCAUACGCUAAGAUCUACCUUCCAAUGCAGAACUACCACAAGGACGAUCUUGACUUAGCCCACACGAUCAUAGAUUGGAUGGAGACCCAGGGGAGGGGUUCCUAUGGUGCGAAUUAUCUGCGUGUGUUGCAAGGGUUGGCGAAAGGGAAACUGGAUUGUCGGGGUUAUCAUACCUUUCUUAGUUUCGCGGUCAAGGGAGAUGGGAAGAUAGACGUCACAUCAUAUCUCGCGCCAUCACUAGACAUCAACGCGCGCGGAUCGUGA